AUGACAGGCCUGGCGUACUUCAUAUACGCUCUCAAGUGGGGAUUCACGACCUACAACGGGCUCGGCCUCUUCGCUCUCAGCCUUCUCUCCCGAUCGGACGCCUCCGCUCCGGCCUCCCACGCACGAGCAGUCUUGCUGUGCACCACACUUGGCGUAGCAUCCUCCUUCACCACAGCCUGGAUUAUGGAUCGCACAGCUUUCCCGCGGAUAGCCAAGCGUCUCGAUUUGACGCUGGCGCAGUUCCACGUCGCAAACCUCGUGGUUCACUUGCUGCCUUGCGCUCUCGUCACCCGCUGGGAGCACGCGCCUCUUGCGGCGUGGCACGGCGCCGCGGCGGCGCUGAUGCACUGUCUCUGGGGCAGCAUUGUCUCGCGAGGGACAAUGUGCCUGGACGACAUUUAUGUGCCUCUACCUCGAGCCUCCUGGCGCCUCCUGUGGGCGGUGGCGCUGCUCACUGAGCUGUCGGUGCCCGCCCUUGCGCCACGCGUGUGA